AUGCUGCUCCCACGGGCGUCUGUUGUUUUUUGUUUUUUCGCCACUUUUACGCUGGUAUACUCUAACAGCAAGGUCGUACGGUAUAGAAAAUGGGCUGAAGAGCAUCCUGACGCUUUUGUGAAUCAAGAAACAGCCGACGAAAGUUUGCAGUUUUCGUCAAAACCUCAGAUCGAAGCGUCGUCUGGUUCAGUUUGGCCUAUGCCGCAACUCAUGCAAGUUCAGGAAAACCGGGUUUUCCUCAGCGCAGAUACGUUCGAGUUUAGCUUUAGCAUGCACGACUGUGACACCCUUCAAAGCGCGUUCAAGCGAUACUACCAUAUAAUUUUUGACGGUCAUCUCGACACGAAAUUAAAGUUUUCGCCAAGAGUUGAAAAGCAAGAAUCUAACUGCGUUUUGCCCUCCUGUGACACUGCAGAAAACACGAUGUUGGAAGGUCUGGUUGUAGAAUUGGAUACACCAUGUGAGAAAUACCCAUCUUUGGAGUCAAACGAGACAUACACACUGAAUGUGAAGAGUCCUACAGCAAAGUUAAGUGCAUCAUCAAUCUGGGGCGCCCUCAGAGGUAAGUCUGUCAUAUCUAUUGUUUUCAUGAUGCAUGUAAGUUUUGAAAUUCAAGAAACAAAAAAAAUGUUGAUAGAGAUUGUUAGUAACUACUUUAUCACAUUGUUGCAGUCUUUGGAUGCGAUGGCAUACAACAAGUUUAAUGUCUUCCACUGGCACAUUGUGGAUGACCAGUCAUUUCCAUACCAGAGUGCAGCUUUCCCAAACUUGAAUGUCAAGGGGGCGUUUCCACCAUAUUAUCAUCACUCAUACACUCAAGAAGAUGUUGCCAUAGUGAUAGAGUAUGCCCGGCAGCGUGGAAUACGUGUGGUUGCUGAGUUUGAUUCACCAGGUCACUCUCAGUCAUGGGGUUUAUCGCAGAAGGAUCUACUAACGCCAUGCUACAGCAGUGGAAAACCCGACGGAUCUUUCGGUCCAAUCAAUCCUAUUCUUAACUCAACAUAUGAUUUUCUGAAGAAAUUCUUUGGUGAAGUUGUGACAGUCUUCCCUGAUCAUUAUGUGCAUCUAGGAGGAGAUGAAGUCAGCUUUACAUGCUGGAAAUCCAAUCCAGACAUAACUGCAUUCAUGAAGAAGAUGGGGUAUGGUGAUGAUUACUCCAAACUUGAAAGCUAUUAUAUACAACGAUUACUUGAUAUCAUGAAAUCAUUGAAAGCUGGCUACUUAGUGUGGCAGGAAGUAUUCGACAAUGGCGUUAAGGUAGCAACAGACACAGUAAUUCAUACUUGGAAGGGCGGAUAUACGGAUGAACUUGGUAAAAUCACAAAAGCAGGCUACAAAACUGUUUUAUCAUCGCCGUGGUAUCUUAACUAUAUUAGCGAUCCAUAUGAUGAACCAUGGAAAAACUAUUAUAAAAUUGACCCACAGAAUUUCAGUGGCAGUCAAGCACAGAAGGAUCUAGUGAUGGGUGGUGAAGCUUGCAUGUGGGGAGAAUAUGUUGAUGGUACAAAUUUAAUUCAGAGACUAUGGCCUAAUGCUGCUGCCAUUGGAGAACGUCUAUGGAGCUCAGCCGAUACCACGGAUUUCAAUGCCGCUGCCCCUCGUCUUGUAGAACAAAGAUGCAGAAUGGUUAAACGUGGUUUACAAGCAGAACCUGUUAGUGGUCCAGGAUAUUGCAAGUAUGAAUAUUCACCAUGAGUUUUUACUGGCAGUUUCAGAUGUUCUGAUACUAAUUGGACAUUAUUUUGUGCAACAGACAACAUGUUUUAAAUUCAUAAAAAAAAUUCUACUUGUGUAAGAUGUACUUCAUUUUCUGUUCAUCUAUUCAGCUUAUCAUUGGAAUUUCUUUCAAAUGUGCAAUAAAUUUACAUGUACUUUCGUUAAAUGAACAUUGUUAGAAAAGAGCAUUUGUAAUUUGUAAUUAUUUGGGAGUGAGGUUGGCACAUCUGUGUUCAUAACCGAUUCCCAGAAUCGCAGUAAUUGCAGAUUGAUGGCAGAUAUUCUUAAAUAUUUCAAAAUAAGUGAAUUAUUCAUCGUUAACAUGCUUAACUGUGUCUUACAUUUUUACCAUUAUAUAGUUUGCUUUAUCUCACCCGUUUUUAUAUCACUACUUUGUAAAUCAAUUUGAUGCAGUUUAUAAUUAAACAAAUAUUUUCACAUU